AUUUUAAUAGUAUUAAAUAGAUUUUAUUCCCCAAUGGGGGCUUUACUUCUCCUUGCUGUUACAGCCAUAGAGACUCUACAAUAAGAUAGGCUGCACAGAACAAUAAAACUCCUUUAUGCCGUUCUAGAGACACUCGGAAGAAUACCUCCCGCUAUAGAUCCGCUGUCGCCGGUCUUUUUGCUUAUUUAAGCAGCCCAACUCGGUCUCUUUAUUACGUUCAUUCAUAUUUAAAUAAAAAAUGAGUGCUCAAAUCAUUACAUGUAAAGCCGCUAUCGCCUGGGAAGCUGGAAAGGAUUUGGUCGUUGAAGACAUUCAAGUAUUACCACCAGGCCCUGAUGAAGUCAGAAUAAAGGUUGAUUACACCGGUGUCUGCCACACAGACGCAUACACCCUUGGUGGUCACGACAGCGAGGGCAAAUUCCCAUGCGUUCUCGGUCACGAAGGUGGUGGUACAGUAGAGAGUGUUGGCGAUAACGUCACAGACGUUAAGGUUGGCGACCAUGUCAUCCCUCUUUACACUGCCGAGUGCAAGGACUGUAAAUUCUGUAAAUCCGGCAAAACAAACCUCUGUCAAGCCGUCAGAGCAACCCAAGGUCAAGGUGUCAUGCCAGAUGGAACUGUUAGAUUCAAGUGUAGAGGCCAAGACGUAUACCACUUCAUGGGUUGCUCUACAUUCAGUCAAUAUACCGUUGUUAGCAAAUUUUCAGUUGUCUCAAUUGCGAAGGAAGCCAACCUUGAAAAGGCCUGCUUGCUUGGUUGUGGUAUCACCACUGGUUACGGUGCAGCUACCAAGCAAAGAUACAUUCAAGGUGCACAGGUCGCCAUCUUCGGUGUCGGCUGUGUCGGUUUAGCCGCUAUCCAAGGUGCUAGAGCCGCAGGUGCAACCCGUAUCAUCGCAAUUGACACAAACUCGAAGAAAAAAUCCCAUGCCAUUCACCACGGUGCGACCGACUUUAUCAACCCACUUGAGAUCAAAGACAAAAGCAUUCAAGAACACCUUGUCGAAAUCACCGACGGUGGUUUAGACUACACCUUCGACUGUACUGGUAACGUUAAAGUUAUGAGAUCAGCACUUGAAGCAUGUCACAAGGGUUGGGGUGAAUCCAUCAUCAUUGGUGUCGCACCAGCAGGAACAGAAAUUGCUACUAGACCAUUCCAACUCGUUACAGGUAGGGUUUGGAAAGGUAGCGCUUAUGGUGGUGUCAAAGGUAGAACAGAGCUCCCUGGUAUCGUGUUAGACUACCUCAACAAGAAGUUGGACGUUGACACUUUCCACACUCACUCAAGAAGCCUCAAGGACAUCAACGAGGCUUUCCAUGAUAUGCACGGUGGCGAUUGCAUUAGAUGUGUCGUUAACAUGAAGUAGACAACCUCUUAACUCUGAUUUUAACGAAAAUUUUGUAUGCUAUGAAAUGUUUUUUUAGACUUCAUGAUGGUAUGCUU